UGUGUGGGGGAGUUGCGGGUAGAAUGAAAUAAACACAUGCACACAAGUUAGAGGUACACCAGCAUGUGAGAGGACAGGCUGCACACAAAGUUUAUCAUGAAACUUUUAUGUUGGGGAUUCGAAAGUUUCGGGAAUCACAACGCUGAGGACGCAACAUGGAGGUCACGGAGGUGACAGGCUAUAGAGAGGAUGAAAGCAUUUCAGCCACUCCAGCUGACCAGUCAGUCUCCAGCAAUUCAUCUUUGCCACCUAAUUGGUCAUCUCCAUCUUCAGAGUACGGUGAUACUGAGGUGGUCCUACUGGGCGCCGCUAUGGCCAUUCUGGUGGUGGCCAUCGUCUUUGAUCGGUGUCCAGGUAACGUGCUGGUGAUCAGCGCCAUCUUGCGCUUCCGCCGGCUGCAGACGGUCACCAACCUCUUCAUUGCCUCGCUGGCGGUGGCCGACCUCAUUAUGGGCAUGGCCGUGGUUCCGUUUGGGUCCAUCUAUAUCCUGCUGGGAUCCUGGCAUUUUGGGAACUUCUUGUGCGAAUUCUGGACGGCCACAGAUGUGCUGUGCGUUACGGCCAGCAUUGAGACGCUGUGUGUGAUCGCUUUGGAUCGCUACCUCGCCAUCACCUCGCCUCUUCGCUAUCCAACACUGCUCACCAGGGGGCGGGCCUUGGCGGCCAUUGUGGGCGUAUGGGUGGUGGCCUCCCUCAUCUCCUUCCUGCCUAUCCACCUGAAGCUGUGGUUGUCACAUGAUGAGGAGGCGCUACGCUGUCUGGCCAACGAGCAGUGCUGCGACUUCAACACCAACGCGGCGUAUGCCGUGUCCUCCUCAGUGAUCUCCUUCUACCUGCCGCUGGUGCUCAUGAUCUUCCUCUACUCGCGCGUCUUCCAGGAGGCCCGGAAGCAGCUAAAGAAGAUCAAAGGACGGGAGAGACACCUCCACCAGCUGUGUCACGAGUCCCAGGCGCCCCCUUGUGAAGACAACCCAGCUCUGGAGCCGCUCAGGGCGGAGGACAGGAUGAACCUGGAGGAGACGACGGGAGUGGCCGAAGAGGACAUGCAAGCGAAGAUAGAGAAAGAAGGCUGCAGCUCAAAACGAGUGAAGCUGAGCCUGAAGGAACACAAGGCAUUGAGGACUCUGGGAAUCAUCAUGGGAACGUUCACCCUCUGCUGGCUUCCUUUCUUCAUCCUCAACAUCCUCAUCAGCUUCAUCAACCUUGGAGACAUCAAACUGCUCUUCAGGCUCCUGAAUUGGCUAGGAUACUCCAACUCUGCUUUCAACCCACUCAUUUACUGCCGCAGCCCCGACUUCAGAGACGCCUUCAAGGAGAUCCUCUGCCUGCGGGGCGGACCAUGCCGGAAAGGGCCGGGUACGGGUCAAAGAUACAGCAGGUCGAGAUGCCCCAAGCCCUCGUGCACGGCAAAAGGGAAGGCGGCAGGUGCAGUGAGUGGGGGUGAGAUCAAGCCCUGCAGCUGGCUGAACCAAGCGUCCUCCACGGGGAAGGUUCUGGAACUGUCUCCAGUAUCCUUCAGCGGAUGCCAAGCAAACUUUUCUAACAGCGAGAGCUGUGAGGAGACAUUGCCUUCUCUGGCUUGACUGGGGGGGGCAAGGAAGACCCCAGGAGAAAGGGCCAGGUUUACCUCUCAUUUUGUAUUUCCUUCCAUCCUUCAUUCAUCCACUGUCAACACAAUUGGUCCCAAAAACACUGCAGCUGUACCACUUCUGGUACCCUUCCAUUGGGUGGUGGAGAAGCUAAAGGGCAGUGUCUGAUUGGUGGACAGAGAAUGGUCAAGAAGACAUAAAACAAUUGUUUACCGUGUUGUACUGAUGUUGCAUCAUUCUUUUAGGUUAUUUCUGUCACUCGUGAUAUUACCUUGUCUAUUUAUUUGAUUUCUAUGCUGAAAGUGACGUCAAGAUAUUACAUGACUUUACAAAAUGGAAUGUUCAACAUGUGCAUGAAACAAAAGCAGUACAUUGGCAUUAAGAGCUGCAGCCUGAGAACUUGCACGUGUCACAUUCACACACAGUGCGUGUGUGUGUCUGCGUGUGUGUGUGUGUGUGCGUGCAUGAAAGAAAUGACAAGAGGCAGCAGGUGCAUGUGUUCACACUAUCAGUUACUCUCGAUGUGCUACUAUCAUCUACACUGACUCCACACACGCACACUAGGUCAGCUGUAUGUACCUAUUUGUGUGCUGGUGCAGCCGACUUGAAAUGGUAUCAGAAUUCAAUAAUCCUGCAACACUCCAGCAAUCAGAAUCUGCACGUUUAUUAUCUUACCAGCUUCACAUGCAUCCAUGUAUUGCAGAGUAACAUGCGCCAAUAUUACAAGCCCCACUGGCCAAACAAAUGGCCAGAACAAAAACAAUUACAGUGGAACCUGAAAAAUAUAUGCCUCAGUUUGCGUACAUCAUCCAGUUAGCCUAUGUUAUGAAUAAACUGCAUUAUCACAAAACAUCAUUGUUGGCAGCUUUCUCACACAUGGAAACAGAAACCGGAAGUCACGUGUCUACCUAGUUCUUUGUCUAAAAAAUGUCAACAAAUGUCCAAGUACAUAUAAAUUACAAAGAAAGAGAUAAAGAGAGAGAGAGAGAAAAUGAACGUUCAAGGUUACUUUCACCUUGAUGUUGCCAAAGACAAGAUGUGGCAGUGACACGGACACCACUUGCUGGUUUUGCCAUGAGUUUUUUUUUUUUAAUUCAAUAGUGUUUCUCACCUUCUUUAUCAACUUUCUCUGACUCCCUAUAACAGCUCCCUGUGAUGUCACAGUGAGCCGGACUUCCUUAUAUGGUCAUUCCCAAAUACAAGCUGUCGCCCUGCCCUCCCCCGCUCUACUGCACUGUGAGGAUUUCACGUUAGGGCGUUAGAGUGUGACCAAUCAAAGCGCAGUAGGCAUACCCGGGAGGCAGGCCGUGGGUACAAUAAAUUAAAAACAAACUGUUUUGGAAAUACAGCUGGUAUAGGUGCAGAUUCUGGAAGAUCUAUAAAGCUUUCUGUGCGAGUUAUCGUGUGUAGCUGCUCUAUAGGAGUCAACACGGCCAAAAAAAUGAGCAUAAUAGGUCUCCUUUAAACUAAAUGGUAAAUCUAUAACUAAACCUUAAUGUUUAUUCUUAAAUCUAAAUACAAAUGUUACAAAUAAAUCAUAAAUCAGGCCAAAAAUACAGACUCGCUGACCCAUGAGUGACCUUGGCCCAGGGACAAGUUCAGGGCCAAGUUCGACAUGCGUGGACGUAUCCUAAUUAAAAUAAAAUUGUCUAUUGCAUUGUCACCAUUGGUGUGUGCAUGUGUGAUCAAGUAAUACUUUAAUUUGCAUACAACUGACAAAAACUAUUAUGUAUUUUAUUAAUGACGUUUUUCUUAGGUACGUACCUCAUAUGACUGCUCUAUUUUUUAAGAGGCAACGAAGGAAUACAUUUGAAGGUACAUUUGAAUUAUUUAAUACUUAUCUCAGGUUUAAAAUGCAAACAAUUAUCUCAGGUACUGUAAGGAGUUCCACAUCUUUCUCUGUCCGCCAUGUGUGCUUUAAUGCUCAACCUUCCUUGUGAACAGUUUUGAAAAUAGUCCAGCGACCCUGAUCCCGUCAUGUCUUUUAGUGCACAGGAGAGGCUGGUUUGUGGUUGGGGGCUAGAUCAUGUAAACAUUUGAAAAUAACUUUAAAGACAUAUUGAAUUCCAUCUGAUGUACUUUUGCUCCAUUAUCGUUAUUGUUGUUAGUUGUACAGAGGUAUGGUGGGUCUCAGUGCUUCUCAAUUAUUUUCUGCCCACCCCCCCAAAGGAACAGAAAUGUUUUCACCCAAAUGAAAGCCUCUUGCUCCAUCCCCCAGGGGAGUCCGCCCCACUAAUUGAGAAGCACUGCUGUAGAAGGAGAUGCACAAGUGUACAAAAAUCUAAGCUGUCUGAAUGGAUAUGAUGUUUUGUAUUUGGUGUAUUUAUUAUUUUUCAAUUAGUCUUUUUUUAUAUACAUACCUGCUUUUUAAUUCAGGUUUUCAGUUAAUAAUGGGAAAAGACUAGAAAUAAAUGCAUUGUGAAAUACAGUUGUGGAUACCAGCA